AGCCGAGCUCGAGGAGUGAGGGUCGUUUGAGUGCGGAGUCCGAAGAGGGGUAGCGUGCGCAGUGUGCUGGACUGGAGGGAGUUGUGAAACUGAUUCAGGACGAUUCCCGCAACGUUUUACUAUGGUGUGAUCAGUUUUUUGACAUCCACCCUCCGAGGUGGGCAUGGCAAACAGCGGAAUUGGAUGUGGUGUUCAACUGGCUUCGUCGACGAGCCCCUUUGUGCUGGAUUUUCCUGGUGUGCGUUGUGGGACCCGUGAGGUCCUGGUGCGAUUUUACCUCGAUAGGCUCAUGCACAUGUACUCAGACUUUGAGUGAAGUGAGCUGCGUGUGAAGAUUGUGUGCCCAGGACUUGACCAUGCCCCUGUAUCGCACAAGGUCUUUACUAGGAAACAUGAAUGGUACGACGUCCAACACCCCUGGUGCUAAUGAUGGAUACAUUCAGAACAUUGGGGACAAUAGCAAUGUGGUUCACUUGCCUCCCUUGAAAGGACAGAAUGGAGCAAAUCAGAAUGGUGAGGCAAUGCAGGUGCAGCAGCUCAACAUGUUCUAUCAGGAUGCAGCACAAACAAAUGGUGAUGCGCAGGCUGGACAGAAUGGUCAAAACAAUGACCAAGGCCAGACAUUGCCUCAUGUGCGACCAGGCACAACAACAACAGAUGGGAACAGUCAGAGCACAAGUAGCCCAAUGAAGAAUGGGUCAGCUGCCAAGCCAAAAAAUGUUGUAGCUACACCAGAACAGAUUCUAAGGGUGUAUAAAACAAAGUUGACACCCUAUGAACAGCAAGAGAUAUACUCCUAUCCAGAAAUCUACUAUAUAGGAGCAAAUGCCAAGAAGAAACCAGGUAUCAUAGGAAGUAGCAACAACUGUGGUUAUGAUGAUGAUCAAGGUUCAUACAUCCACAUCAUCCAUGACCAUGUCUCAUACAGGUAUGAGGUGCUGAAAGUGAUAGGAAAAGGAAGCUUUGGACAGGUUGUGAAGGCAUAUGACCACAAGCAUCACAUACAUGUUGCAUUGAAGAUGGUCAGAAAUGAGAAGAGAUUUCACAAGCAGGCACAGGAGGAGAUCAAGAUCCUUGAGCAUCUCAGAAAACAGGACAAGUACAAUACCUUCAACAUCAUUCACAUGUAUGAUAACUUCACCUUUCGGAACCAUAUAUGCAUCACAUUUGAGCUUUUAUCAAUCAACCUGUAUGAACUCAUCAAGAAGAACAAGUUCCAAGGUUUUAGUCUGCAGCUGGUGAGGAAGUUCGCACACUCACUGCUCCAAUGCCUGGAUGUGUUGUAUAGGAACAAAAUCAUCCACUGUGAUCUGAAGCCAGAAAAUGUCUUGCUGAAGCAGCAGGGCAGGAGUGGCAUCAAG